AUGCGAACUAUAGUCCCGUUCGCAAGUCCCCUGCAGCUGCAGAUGGCCUCCGCUACCACCGCGCCCAGCCAGGAUCACCUUCCUCCUCCUCACCAGCACGAGCCCUCGCGUUCGGGCUCCCCCCAGCACCCGGAUUUGAGCCUGCUGGUUCACAGCCAUAACAGCGCUCCUCACCCGCCUAGCGUGUCCCAGAGCCCCCGGAUCGAUAUGGCUGCCGCGGAACAGAGUCUGCAGACUAUCCUAGACGCAGCAAAGCAAGCACCUCCACCUCCUCCGAUCUCCAACGGUCCGGCUCUCAGUUGGAUGCCCCCUCAGGCAGGGCCGGAUAACAGCCACCCCGUGGCUGGUCCAUCGACACCUGUCCAGGUGAGUUCGCACCGUACGAGCACCAAGCGUCGACUCGAGGACUCGGACAUGAGCGACCCUCAUCGCAAGAUUCGACGCGUCGUCCAGGACCAUGUUUCCAACGAUCCCGCACGCGUCAUGCCCAUGACAACCGUAGUCUGCCUACAUGCAGCCGUGGCGCAGAAGUCCUAUGGUAGCGAGAAGCGCUUCUUGUGCCCGCCCCCCGUCGUACACAUAGAAGGUCCAGUAUGGAACCUGAAGUCACAGCAAUUGGCGAUGGCCGUGGUCACCGAGAACGGAGAUCGUACCUUUGAGCAGAAGGCACCCUUGGAUCACAAUGUGAACGCCAGCUUUAAAUUCCUGCAUGUAUCGGGCACCGCAAAGACGAAGAGCUUCCAGCUAUCUCUUGAUAUCGCGGAGCCCCCGGCUACUGGUCCUGAUGGCACCGAGCAAGGCAACGGGCGCGUUUGGGCGUCGUUCGACUCUGCGCCGGUGACUAUCAUCUCGAAGCCAUCGAAGAAGACGGCCAAGACGCGUAGCAUCGCAUCUUGUAUCCUCGCGGGCGGCCCAGUAUCAUUAUUUAAUCGCAUCAAUUCGCAGACUGUACGCACCAAAUACAUGACUGUUGACCGCGGUCAGCUUUGCGCAAGUAACGUCGCCUGGUCCGCGUUUACCGUGAACGUCAUAACCCGACCUGUUACAGCGGACAGCGAAACACCCAUCGUUCCUGGCCCGCAGACGGUGCUGUAUGGCAGUAAGAUUGUCUUGACAGACAAUGUCACCGGUACCCCGACACCACCACUCAUCAUCCGGAAGGUGGAUAAGGGCAGAAUCACGCAGGACGAUGGCGGCCCCGUGAGCCAGAUGCAGAAGAUCGCGCUGCAAAGGGUCAAUGCUGACGGUACACGACAUUAUCUGUCGGCGGCAGGACCGAUGCCUGGCACUCCUGGUGUCGUCGUGCCGCCCACUCCCGGCCUGGCCAAUCAAGCAGGCUCGCACCCGUUGUUGUUCCAGGCACCUCGUGUGCGCGACGAAGUCACGAACGGACAGAACAUGAUUAUCGACGAAGUCGACGACUACUUGUGCUGGACAAUCGUUGGGAUCUCUAAGUUUCAAUACACGUUCUUCGACGCAUUCGGCCAGAACAACAAGAUUCCCGACCUCCCCAUAACCCCCUUCCCCACCCUCUUCACCGCUCCACGCUAUGUGCCCAACACCGACUACAACGCGCAGCCGCCGCGAGAGUUGCUCGAGCUAACAGCGGCCAACUUCUUCUAUCAUAAUCCUACGACAGCGACGGUCGAGCCGUUAGACGUUUACAUCGGUCCUCUGGGUCCACUCCGGACACGCAUCUUCCAGGCCACUCACACUCCAUUCAGCGGGACUGUUCAGCCGUUUAUCGCCACUACUGCCGUACAGGGGCAGUUAAAGUUUGUCCCGACGGCGGGUACGCUGACGGACGUCAGUCAUACGCCUCCGGUGCAUGGACCUCUCCACACUCUGGUCCUUGUCGAGCUGCCACCGAAGGGUGAUGUCCUGAAGGCUCUGGAGGAGGAUGCGGUGCCGACGAGUGGCGAGAACGAGUCUGGUGCCCCGACCAAGUCUCGGUCAAGAGUCGAGAUCAUCAGCGGAAGGAGCCUUCCGUUGCUCUUCAUCCGCGCGUAUGAUGGCGUAGGCUACCACUCUGGCCGUGCGGUUGCUUGUGAAUACCUCUUCAAGAAUAUGAACAUCGAUGCCGUGAGCGGCGAGAAGAGGAGCUGGAUAUCAGAGCACGCCGCACAUGCCGUCGAGCAGAGCUUGAACAACUGGGCUUGGAGGAUUAUAUGA